GAAGAACACUUGAUCAAUUACCAUUUGCAUUUAUUGCAUUCCCGUUUUAAGCAAUUAAAAAUGUGUCCAGGGCAGCUUUUGAGUGAUUGCAGUAAUAUAUGAUUCAAAUAAGAAUUUAUUCGUUUCAAUGAUUUAAAUAGUCAGCAAAAUAUUCACGAAAUUUGAGCUUUCUUUUUAGCUCGUUAUAUCCAUUUGUUUUGAAGUAAUAUAAAUGUUUGUGGUUGUAGGUAAAACAGUGUUUUCCAUUUUCACUAUAUAAUAGGCUAUUACCUACAAAUCUCGAAAGUACAAGUGGGCAUUAUUUUCUCAACGGGUAAGAAAUAAAUAUUUUCGUUGCCUAAUAUCAGCAGAUUGAUGCAGCCCUUGCUUAUCAAACAACAUUCGAGUACGGCUAAUGUCAUCUUUUCAUAUCGAAGUUGAAUGAAUUUUUCUUGUCUGCAAUACGGUUCACAUUCCAGGUAAACCAUUGUCAAAUAAUUAAAAUAGCUUUUACUUUAAAAUUGCCGUACCUCUUAGGAUUGUCGUAAUAUAAAUUUGACUAUUUGAGUUGGAAUCUGAUGGAAAAACUUUUAUACCAUACAAAGAGUACGUUGUUGAAUAAUGAUAGAAAAAGACGCAGAAUAGAUAUCUUGCAGUAAGUAAAGUGAUUGAGUCACAGCAAGCCAUGAAACAAAACAAAAAAAAAAUCAAAAUGUUUUUCAUAAAUGCUAAGGUUACUAUCUCAACUAACUUCGAAUGUAGUAGGCUGUGCGAAAACAAAAGAAACAUCAAGCUUCGAUUCUGGUGGUUUAUAUUAUACUCAUUCAACCACAAACUUCUCACGCAGGAGGACCUUAAAUUUCAGCCAAAUGCGUGCAAAGAGAUCACAAACGGUAACCCAACUGAUGAUGAAUCAAGCACGCGCCGCUUUCAAUAGCGGACGAACCCGUAAUUUUCAUUUCCGUAAGCAGCAACUGCAGGCUCUUCUCUGCAUGUACCGCGAGAACAAGCAAGCAAUGGCGGACGCUUUAUACAAAGACUUGCGUAAAUCCAGAAUGGAGGCUUGCCUUACCGAAUUGGAAUUUAUGCAUAAUGAUCUAAAAUACAUCUUAGAUCAUCUCAGCGAAUGGAUUAAACCGAUCCUGCCGCGAAGAAGUUGGGCAAAUUUUCUGGACAAGCUCAAGAUUGUCCACGAGCCUUAUGGAGUAGUACUAAUUAUCGGUGCGUGGAACUACCCUUUCAAACUGGUCUUGCUGCCUUUGCAUGGCGCUAUUGCCUCUGGCAACUGUGCCGUUAUUAAACCAUCAGAAGUUGCACCAACCUGCGCCAAGCUGAUGGCAAUUUUGCUCCGAAAGUACCUAGACAACGACUGCUUCCCGGUGUACACUGGAGGUGUUUCCAAAACAACCGGGCUACUCAAGGAACGUUUUGACUACAUAUUUUAUACAGGAUCUGUAAAAGCAGCCAAAGUCGUCCACGAAGCAGCAAAUAAACAUCUGACUCCAGUAACUUUGGAACUUGGCGGAAAGAAUCCUGUUUACCUGGACGAUGUAGUCAUAGAUCUCAAUAUUGCUACAAAGAGAAUCCUCUGGGGCAAAUUUAUUAACUGUGGCCAGCACUGUUUGGCACCCGAUUAUAUCUUGUGUAGCAAACAGAUGCAGGAGAAGUUUAUUACGCAAGCAAAGGAAGUUCUUCGAGGUUUCUAUGGUGCUAGUAUUAAAAAAUCGCCUGAUUUGUGUCGCAUUGUGAAUGAGCUCCAAUUUCGACGCAUUAAUGCUCUGUUAAAGAACAUGAAUAUUGCGUACGGUGGAAAAUCAGACUUAUCGCAGCGCUUCAUCGAACCAACCAUCGUGGUGAACGUUGAUCCUGCAGAUCCCAUUAUGCAAUAUGAAAUUAGCGGUCCCCUGUUACCGAUUGUUAAUGUGAAAUCUGCAAAGGAAGCAAUGCUGUUUAUCACAGAGAAGAAGCGCGAAAAGCCACUGAUUUUUUAUAUAUUCUCAGAUGACAGAGAAAUAGUCCGCCAACUGAUAACGACUGUCUCCGCCGGGACAAUUGCUGUAAAUGAUACAGUCACCCACCUGUAUGUUAAUGAAUUGCCGUUUGGUGGCGUUGGAAUAAGUGGUAUGGGUAGUUACCAUGGUAAGGCUAGCUUUAAUACGUUUACCCACCAGAAAAGUAUUUUAACCAAGAGUCUGGGCUAUAUUAGAGAGAAGAUGACGGAGAAGAGGUAUCCACCUUAUGCAGAAACCGAUGAAAAUUUAAAACUGGUGUCGAUCACCAAGUGGAAUUAUAAAGUGGCAAUUCCAACGCAAUAUGUUUCCUACUUUAUCGUUUUACGAUUGGUAUGGCAGUUACAUUCUUAUUUAUUUCCCUUUUGCCUAAUUGAAAGUAGUGUUAUGUUAAUAUUUUUAAGAAAAUAGAUUUUUCCUGUUGCCUA